AUGUGGCAUGAAGCAAGACGCCAGGAAAAACUUAUUCGAUCCCAAAUGAUAGACAGCGUUAAAAGGAAUGAACGAAGGAAACUUUUUUACGAAAAUGUGCGAAAAGAUCCUGAACAGUUUAUGCAAAUCCAUGGAAGGAAGUGUCAAAUACAUGUUGAUCCCGCAGUUGCUCGUGCUGCCGAGGCAUCGAACAUUUUGUUCGUAAUUCCUUUUAAGAUUUUCAGAGAAGCCGGUCACAGAAUUGCUUUUAAACCCAGUCAUACAAAUUUCAAUUUAUUUACUGAAAUUUUUAGGCGUAAGUGGCAGGGUGAUUCAAAAGUUUUAAUUGAUCGGUUCGAUGCUCGUGCGCAUUUGGAUUACAUUAUGGAACCAACAGCAACGACUUCCGAACAGCGGCAAGCACAUUUUCUUAUGGGCUUAACUUUAGAAGGAUAUAAUAAGUCUGGAAGAGUCUACUCGUUUGUUCGAGAAAGUGUAAUAAAGUUACUGGGACUUUCAGUUUCUGAACGGGGUUUUCUGAAAAACAUAUGCGAAAAAGAGUUUUGGCCUUCGGAUGCUGCGUCAUCGUCUAGUAAUCGCAGCGAAAUUGAGAAAAAGAGGCAGCUGUACGUUUUGAAGGACAAGAAAGCUGCUGUUGGUUUUUCUUAUGAGGACACUCCUACAGUUAUGGGGGGUUCUGAGAUGUCAGAUGAAUCAGAGGAUGAGGAAGAAAUUCUGGAGCCUGACGAAUUUGAUUUGAAAUUUGACAUUGGUUCCCUAGACGCAGAGAAAAUACGGCAGUUGAACAAAUUAGGAAUGAAGUAUGGCAUAAGUUCUGGUGCAUUUUCAAGCCUGCUGCAGAUGGAUCGUCGAGAACAAGAUGAAACUCAUCAAUUGAAAGAAAUAGAGAAGGCGAAGCACGCACUCGCUGGUCGACAAGCAAAGGCUGAACGUGCCUUACUAAAAAAGAAAAGAGCUCUUAUAGUGGGAAAAGGAUGUCUUAAUGAGGAAGCAACUACAACGUUAUUAUCUUUUGUCGCUCAAAAUAAAAAAGAAUAUGUAGAAUCCUCUUCCUCAUCUCAAUCAGAAGAUGAUGAGGAAACGACCGAAUUUAUUACCACUUUUGGUGGUGAGGAUGAGAAGAAGGACACGCAAGUUGAAGAGGAUGAUGAAGGGGCAGCAGCAUUUCACGGCCCAGUACUUCCCUCUGCUGAAUUUCGAAGACUUUUCGAACUUAAGACCCGUCGUUCCUCAAGUCCAGAGGAUCUUGGUGGUGUUGUAUCUGUAAGUAGUCGAUCAAGAUAUCGCAGCCGUUCUCCUUAUUGGAGGACCCGCUCUCGGAGUGGUGAACGUGGUUAUAGGGGAACGAGAGCACGGGAGACUGAUAGUUCUCGCACUCGAGGGAGACUAAGAAGCAGAAGCAGAGAAAGAGGGCGUGCGAGGAACAUUCCUGGCGGAAGUCAGGAAAGAAGUAGCCGAAAGGAAAGAUCCAGGAGCCGUGAGAAGUUGGUCAGAAGUUAUGAGAAAGGCCGCGAUCAUUCUAGAAGGUCUCGGUCUCGUUCCCAAAGUGCUAAAAAGAAGAGGAUGCAGGACUCAGACUCAUCAAAAAGGCGAAGAAGUGAAUCUAGGGAAAAGAAGGAGAAAAGGAAAAAGCACUCAUCAAGUGACAGUGAUUACAGGAAAUCCUCUUCUCCAUCUAAAGGGACUGGAUCUGUUUUAUCCCCGAGCCGCAGCAACGGUGAUACUUCGCCUUUGGAAAUACGUUCAAGUAUGAGCGAAUCGGAAAAAGAGCGUAUUGAGGUUGAAAAUAGACGGCGAAGGAUUAGACGGACGGCGAAGCUACACAGGCUGCAACAUGGUGAUCGUCAAAGCAGGUCUCCGAAUGAAGAUGAAAAUGAGAAGAAGGCUGUGCUUGCACAUAAGCUGCGGGUUCAGAUGCAGAAGGCUCUUAGAAAAACUGCUGAAGAGUUAAAGGAGGAAGAGAGGAUGAAGCAAGAGGAGCAGCUGAGAGAGCGUCGGGUAUUAAUUUUAUUUCUAUUCAGAUGUUUACGAGGGUAA